AUGGCCUUCAGCGGCAAGUUCCAGGUGGAAAGUGAGAAGAACUAUGAUGAAUUCAUGAAGCGCCUUGGCCUCCCCAGUGACGUGCUUGAAAAGGGUCGCAAUGCUAAGAUCGUCACUGAGGUGCAGCAGGACGGGCAGGACUUCACCUGGUCGCAGUCCUACUCCGGGGGCCAUCUCUUUACCAACAAGUUCACCAUUGGCAAAGAGAGUGACAUGGUGUCUUUGGCGGGCAAGAACUUCAAGGCCACUGUGAAGAUGGAGGGCGGGAAGAUAGUGGCGGAGUUUCCCAACUAUCGCCAUACCUCGGAGAUUGUGGGUGACAAGCUGGUGGAGAUCUCCUCCAUUGGAGACGUGACCUACGAGCGUGUGAGCAAGAGGCUGGCCUAAGCCACCAGGCUGGACUCCAUGGGGCUACAGAGCCACCAAUAAAACCGA